CUUCCCCCUCUCUCCAACAACGACGACGAGCGUGGGAGAUUGCCGGAGUUUGUUCGCAGAGGAGGAUGACGGGAACCAACGGACAAGAGACAGCUGCUCCUCGGGGUAAGAACUUCUUCUCUCCGAGCUCGAGCGACUCGAUUCCGCCGCAUCUGGCCCCAGCCGCUCUGCGUGUGGCCCUCACUGCCUUUCCACUCGGCUUCCUUGCCGGCCACGUCGUUUCCAUCGCGCUGCAAGUCUUCAGGCCACAAGUGAUUGCUGACUCGAUCUCAAAGCCAUGGCUCGUCUCUGCUGUGGCUGAAGUGGAGGAGUUGGCCCCCUGGUGGAGACCGCAGCUUCAUCUCUACCUGCUAGCCUGGUCCACCUUCCACCUUCUCGAGUUUGUCAUUACCGCGCGCUAUAAUUCGACGAGGCUCAUGGCCGACUCUUUUCUCAUCUCCAACGGCCUCAGCUACCACCUCGCUCACCUCCUCGGCCUCUUUGAAUUCCUCGUCGAGUCGUUCCUCUUUCCUACUCUCAAACAGACGAGCAGAUGGACAUAUAUCGGUCUGGUUCUUGUGUUCAUCGGCCAGCUCAUUCGGUCCCUAGCCAUGGUCCAUGCCGCCGACAACUUUUCGCACGAGGUCGCGCACCACAAACGUCCCGAUCACAGAUUGGUCACCGACGGCAUCUAUGCCUACACGCGCCAUCCCUCGUACCUUGGCUUCUUCACGUGGGCCCUCGGCACCCAGAUCGGCCUUUCCAACCCACUUUCGACCAUCAUCUUUGCCGUCGUCCUCUGGCGCUUCUUCAGCCGGAGAAUCAGAGGCGAAGAGAUCUACCUCGUCGCCUUUUUCGGACGCGAGUACGAAGAGUAUCGCAAGCGAGUCGGCGUCUACAUUCCCUUUGUCCGAUGAGAAAGAAGCGGUGUCCUACGUCCUCUCUCCCCCCUUCUUCCCCUCUCUCUCGCUCCUGGACUUCUUGCGCACUCUUCUCCUUCUCAGUUUAAUACAAGAUAGUCGUUUCGGAGUGGGGCGAGACCACCUCUGGCCAAAUAAGAGAAGAAGUAC